GAAGAAGAAGAGGAAGAUUGCUCCAAACACAACUCUUACUCCUCCUUCUUCAACUAUACAACAGGCACAACAUCAAUGGCGAGAUCCUUGCCAUCGACAUCUCUGCCAUCGCUGCUCAUUUCCGUAAUGUUCAUGGCAGUUGAUGCGACGACCUUCACGUUAGUGAACAAGUGCGAGUACACGGUAUGGCCCGGCGUCCUCGCCAACGCCGGCGAGCCACCGCUCUCCACCACCGGCUUCACGCUCCAGAAGGGCGAGUCCCGCUCCCUCGCCGCCCCCGCCGGCUGGGGCGGCCGCUUCUGGGCCAGGACGCACUGCGCCCUUGACCCUGCCACCAGCAAGCUCUCCUGCCUGACCGGCGACUGCGGCUCGGGGCAGCUCGAGUGCGGCGGCCGCAGCGCCGCCCCUCCCGCCACCCUCGCCGAGUUCAAGCUCAACGGUGACAGCGACCUCGACUUCUUCGACGUCAGCCUCGUCGACGGCUACAACCUGGCCAUGCUGGUGGCGCCCCAGGGCGGCAGCGGGGGACGGGGCAACUGCACGAGAGUCGGGUGCACAUCCGACCUCAACGGCGCGUGCCCCUCGGAGCUGAGGGUGAUGGCCAGGGGCGACGGGUCGGGGGCAGCCGCCGCCGCGUGCAGGAGCGCGUGCGAUGCGUUCCGGCAGCCGCAGUACUGCUGCAGCGGCGCGUACGGCAGCCCCCAGGCGUGCAAGCCGACGUCGUACUCGGAGGCGUUCAAGAGAGCGUGCCCGCAGGCGUACAGCUACGCGUACGACGACGCGACGAGCACGUUCACGUGCGCCGGCGCGGAUUACGUCAUCACCUUCUGCCCAUCUCCCAGCACCAGCCAAAAGUCAGCUUCUUCACAAGACCAGACUCCGGGGCCCGCCACGGACGUGGCGCCUCUCAUCAACAGCACGAUGGUCUACGAAGGUGCGGUGGAGGCGAGCCACGCGGCGCCGUCCGCCCGCGCCCGCACCCGCUUAUCCGUGGUCGGCCUAGCCAGCGUGGCGGUGUCCACGUGGCGGUCGCGGCAUCUCUUGUUGGCGUGAGGUGGGCCCCCCACGUAACGAUUCCCGAUAACCGGAGCGAGCCGACCUCUUCCCCACUAUGGGCCCAAAUGGGGGGGGGGGGGGGGGGGGGCGUGUCGCAAUCUUAUCGGGCUCGGGGCCCACAAGCCUUCGUACGAUUCGGGUGGGCCCGGAUGACGUGGCCUGGAAGGGACGGGACUCGGUGAUGGAAAAGCCUACCUGUCGAAUUUGGCGGCACUGUAGUACAUAGUGGUAUAUGACGUCAUCCAAAUAUGAAAUAAAAACUAUAUAUUAAAGGCGUUAGUGGUUGAAUUCGAAAUGGGGAGGAAAAGGGGCUAAAAAGAUGGACAAGACCUAUGUCAUUUUUUUUUAAUUCCUCUGCUAAGUUUGAUUCUUCUUCUUCUUUUUUGCCCCUAAUUUUUGGUAUAGAUGACGGAAAUUAACUUAUUAAGCCUCUCUUGUAUUAUUAUUUUUUUUUGGGGGGGGGGAUAGGAUUCGUACGUCAAUAAUUAGCUGGGUUGGUGGGGACGAAUGUUCUUUGUAAGGUGCGAUGUCCACAUAUGGUCCAGGCCAAUACAAUAUAGAAUACAUAUUUACACAAUGAUAUUUAUAUAUAUAUAAAUAAAAAUGCAAUUUCCUCUCCU